CGGCUCAGUCACACGGGAUCGGGUCAAAAGUCAAAGAUACUCGCAGUUAAUAUUUCGCCAUAACAUCGCCAUCUUGUGACAUAUACACUUGCGUUGAUAUACGAUAACACACGUCGCGGAUACAUCGCCCAUACACACCACCUCGGAACUGUAAAGAUGGCACAACCUCCCCCCUACGGCGAUAAAGGCAACUUUAAUAACCCUGGUUACGGCCAGCCACAGUACCCCCCACCCCAGGCCGGCUACCCCCCUCAGCCUGCCGGGUACGCGCAACAGCCAGCCGGGUACGCGCCACAGCCAGGGUACGCCCCACAACCAGUCGGGUUUGCUCAACAGGGUCAACAGUCCUCUACCAACGUGGUCGUGGUUGGCGGUCAGCCCCAACAGACGGUCAUUGUUGAACGCCAAGGGGUGAACCACGUGCUUCACUGCAUAAUAUCGCUGUUCUUCUGGCCCUGGGUGAUUGUGUGGAUCAUUCUGUGUAUCACAGAUAACUGAACUCCUCCAAUCCAGAAGCAACGAUCAAGAUGUCCAAAGAAGAAACCAAACUUUGCUGACAUAUGACAAAUCUAUGUAUUUUAUACCAUUCAUCUUUCAUUGAACGCCUGUGAACUGAACAUGACCAGGUCCUGUGUUAUAUUUGUCGAAAGAAAUCGCUAGUCGACGGUCAGUUGUAAUACGACUCAAACAGCUGACCCAAAAUGUCGUUUCAAAUGCUAUCGCUGGUCAAACAGUUCAACAAUGUUACUCUUUCAAGGACAGAAUUAAUCCCCAGCAAAUCUACCAAGACAUAGCAAAACGAAUCUAAUUAAUAGCAAAUUAGUAGGGAGAGAUUUCAGGUUUUAUAUAAAUACAUUGAAUGUGUUAAAGAUCAGCGUUAUGUGAUUUAACUUUAUUAAUACAUACCGUUUUCCCUCGAUUAAACGCCCGGAGGUUUAUUGCUUUUUAACUUCUUUACCCCUUUAUAAUCGUAUAUUGUUGAUAACUACACAUAGUUUAAUCGAGGUCUGGCGUUUUAAUCGAGAAAAUACGAUAAUGUCGGUUAGGCAGUGAAUAACAUUUGUAAAGACUCAGCAUAUAACAAGUGUUACCCUUUACGUUUGAAUUGACAUCACCCGCAUGUUCAUCCAAUAAGAAUUACAUCGAUGUUAUUGUUUGUGGUUAUAUUUUUCUACGAAUAUAUAUCAUGCAGGAUCACAAUCUUGCAAUAUGGUGAUAUAUUUUCAGCAUUUCAAAACUUGUUGUUUGAUUGCUUUGUUAAUGAAAACAAACAUUUCUGAAUCAAUAAAGGGGUUUUGUUAA